AUGUUAUUGGCAAUUUCUGAAGCUUGCCAUCCAUCGAGAAGUUCGUCGACAACAACAACUUCAGCGCCAACAACAAUUAGAACUUCAACUGCAAGAUCUACUGAAGCUCCAGCUACAACAACUUCAGCCGGUGCUUCUGAUACUGAGACUACAACAACUACAGAAACUACGACGACAACUGAAGCCACAGCAACCAUUAUUUCAGGAAGUGUUAGUGUUAGUGGAAAGAAAAAGUGA